GUGCGAGCUCAGAGUAGAAACGGGACGCAACAUGUCGGGUCAACGAGUCGCUCUUCUCGUCACUUUUUUCCUCGUCUCGGCGAUUAACGAGGCUUUUAGCAGCAGCAAGGUUACGCAAUGCCCUGCGUUCCAGCUCAGUUCGAUCUUGAAUAGUCAUCCUUCAAAGUACCAACUACCAGUCCAAUCAGGAUAUCACAUUGGAUCGCAAAAGUCCAUUCAUGAGGAGAGGAUCGUCGGCGGUGAGGAAACGACUCCCAACGAAUUUCCCUUCAUGGCGUAUCUGGAAGUGAGUUACUGGAACGGAUACAUUGCCCAUUGCGGUGGAACAAUCAUCAGCAACCGCUGGAUCUUAACGGCCGCUCACUGCACUUAUGCAGCCGUCAAAGUGGCCAUCACUUUUGGAGCCCAUAACGUUGGUCCUGGUAGCAGCGACCAACACCAAGUAACAUAUAUUUUGGAGGGGGCAGACGCCCAAUCGAUUAAUUAUCCUGGCUGGUACAUUGAAAAAGUCGAGGACGACAUUGCACUCAUCAAAUUACCGGAAGACAUUCCACUAAACCAAUGGAUCCAACCAGCAAGAUUACCUUACUCUGACGACCCUAACCAAGUUGGCGAUUCAGUUGUCUUGACUGGAUGGGGAAAUUUCUUUAGCACUCCUGACAGCGGAUUGAGUCCCACCCUCCGCCAGGUCAACACUACAGUCAUAUCAUACGACAUCUGUCAACAGAAUGCCGGAGUCGGGUCCUUUUCAGAUGAAAAAAUUAUCUGCGGCGAUGGAUCGCAAGGACGUCGCUAUUGUUACGGAGAUGAUGGCGGACCAAUGAAUAAUUACCGAGAAGACGAACAGGAAUGGUUCGUCAUUGGUGUUGCCUGGUUCGGAGAUAAGACCACCACCUGCCAGAGUUCAGCUAAACCCAAUCUUUACGCCCGCGUCAGCAACUACGUCGAUUGGAUUUGCAAUCAAACUGGAAUCCCGCCAAGAGAGAAGCCUUCUACGACUACCAGUACCACCACGUCAACAACGACGGAAGAUCCUAAUGGUUUGAGUUGUUUUAGUUGCAAGAAUAAGGAAAAUGGAAUUUAUCCAUAUCCUGAUCUCGCAUGCACAAAAUACUUUUACUAUUGCUCUAAUGGAAUGGCUUAUCUUCAGGAUUGCCCCACUGCUGGUACCAUCUUUUACUAUGCUCUAUGCGCUUGUGAAUUUCCAAGAAACGUUCCCGGCUGCGAGGACUACACUGGGGGAGCCGUAAGUGGCCACUUCAACGAUUAAUUUUUGAAGAUUUGAUGGAAAAAACAGAGUUAUUCAAUAAUAAAUAAAUAAUCUACGGUGUAUGUUGUCGUCUUAGACGCCCUCUACAAGUUAAUGACGAUUGAUUGUUAAUUUCAAUCAAAUGGAGUCUGAAAAUAGUUGUUUUUGUUUUGUUUUUAAAUAGAGACUACCAUAAUAGAGACAACCAUGUACUA